AUGCCAUUUAAUAAUCAAAAAUUUAACAACUGGUUAAAAUAUCGAGAAAUAACUUUGAACUCUCACCAUGGUACAUGCUUCGAUACUGAGAAGUUUUUAAAAAGCAAUGGUAACACACAGAAUUAUGAAGAAGAACAAUCAUUUGAUAAAUUUGACCCAAUAACUCCUAAUAAUUCAACUUUAAAAUUCCCACCUCGUAUUGAACAGUCUAUCAACAAUUAUUUAGAGAAACUAAACGAACUUGCAAUCACCGAAGAAGAAGUACUGAAUGAUCUUGGUGAACCUUUGAUCCAAUCAAUAAGAGAGACACAAGGUAAUUUGGAGCCUGCAUGGUCAUCUACCAAAAUAUGCAAUCCAGCAGAAUUAUUGCUCCCUAAUGAUCACAGAUUGUUUGUUACAACUAAAGGACCAGAAUACAGUCUACAGUACCCAUAUGAAAAAAAGGAAGAUAUUUCUUUCAAAAAUCAAUUAAUGUGUAACUAUGGUAAAUAUGUUUUCAUCGUUGAACGUGGAUCCAUCAAUGUUUACGAACAAAGAAACCUUCGUGACCCAGUGAUAGAUUUCAAUUAUAUAAAUGCUAAACUAUUAAAAAAUCAGUAUUACCUCUACAACAUGACUAAUAGAGAUUACAAAGAUGUAGACGACCCUUAUGUAGAUGAAAGCGAGUUAGGUGCAAAUUAUAUGUGCAUAAAAAAGUUAUUUGAUAGAGAUGUACUUAUUGUCUGUUUAAUGUAUGGUUUAGUGGUUUUUUAUGAUCUUGAAUCGAUUACAAACGAUGUGAGAAGAUAUGAGAAAAAACACGUAUGGGAUAAUAAUUUUGAUAAAACAGUACCAUGGUCUCCAGUAGUGUCUUUGAAAGUACCUGAAAGUUGCUGGAGUAUUGACAUUAUUAAUAUCAAUAACGUAGCAUUCAUUGCAGCUGGUCAUAAUCUACCAGGUGUUUCUUUGUUUGCAAUCAAAAAGGAAAAGAACAACUAUUCAUAUAAUAAUAGAUAUAGGGAAUAUGAUUUUUCAGAUACAUUAUCAAAUCUACAGAAACAUUACUGUGACAAUGAAGGAUUACACAAGAUAGAUCGGAAAGAUUCCAGACUUUCUUCAUUUACAACUGGUGUACCCACAUGUUCAACUAAUAAUUAUAACACUAUUUCAAGAGAAUUGUUCUCAGAGCAUAAUGUGCCCUCUGUUACUUUUAUUACUCCUGACCAAUCAAUUACAAAAAAUAUUACUUUAGUUUAUGGUUCUAUAUUUGGCAACAUCACAACCGUUGACAUUGACACUGAUAUAUCAUCUGGUAUCAUCAAUGUUAAACUUUUAGAUAUUCAAUUUUUUGGAGAACAAGUUUGGAAUGUUACUGCAUUAAAAAAGAAAGAUUUUUUAAGUGUCUCACAAUUUGAGUUAUUAUGUCUGAAUUUUCAAGAAAAAUUAAAACAAUCAAUUCAAAAGUCCAUCAUUAUGGAUAGCAAGAUAUUAAAUUUUCAACCAAAAAGUGUAUAUAAUUCAGGUAAUUAUGGCAUUGGAACAUUGACGACACAAAUUCCCGUACCAACUACCAAUCUUAAUUGGUUAUGUUUAAAAGGUAUUAAGUCAUCAUCAAUCCAACUAAAUUUCACUACGUUUGAUAAAAAAGGUUUGGUAUCAAAGGGUGAACUUAAAGAUCAAAUAUCUAAUUAUGGAAUGCUGCUUCCUUCCUUAGAUGAAAGACCAUUAGAAUCCAUGGAAAGAAUAACCUGUACAUUCGAAAAUGAUACCCUAAGUUUUACGUAUAAAUAUCCAAAUUACCUGAAAAAGAAUUUCAAAGAAGAUCCCAAGGAACUUGAUUUAUGGAAACAAUCCAAUCUUGAAAUAACAUUAGCAAAUGACACCAAGAAUCGUUCUGAUUAUAGAGGAUAUAUUAUUGUAUCAAACCAUAAAAGCCACAAUUUCAGACAACUCGACAUAUCAUAUUCUCAUGAUUUUACUUAUAAAUCCAAGUCUAGUCCAUCUAAUUCUACAUUAGAAUUCCCCAAAGAACCCAUUAUAUAUGCUGCUAGUGCCUAUUUUCAUAAGGAUUAUAAACGUCCAACUUGGAAAGACAUAUUAAAUUCUGAUGCAGAGAUACCUGAUAAGCCAAAUGAUUGUUUUAAUUUAGAAGAAGAUGAAACAUACAAACAACGUGCCUGGUGGGUUCAUAAUCAUGCAUUAAAAGUGAAGAAAUUAUUAGAUUUAGCUAUAUCAGGUCAUGAACCUUGUGGCUUUACGCUACCCAAAUUUGAAAACGAUAUAUUGCUGGUAACAACUGAAUAUAAUAUCUAUCUUGUCAAACCAUCACCAUUAAUUAUCACUUCGUACACAGUCAAUGAAAUAUUCCCACUAGAAAAUGCAUCCAUAUGUUCAGAAAUUAUAGCCGCUGGUUUUCUUAAUAGAAUAAACUUUGUUUGUCAUAUUAAAGAAUUAAAUUGUAUUGCAGUUGCUUCGCAGGUCGGGCUUGUAUCUCUAUUGCGAUUAACAGAAUUUAGAGGAAUCUAUUCCUUUAGACAAGAGUACAUAUUAGGAUGGAAGUAUCAAAAUCCCUAUGAGGAUAAUAAUCUCCUUUGCAAUAGAUAUUAUAUAACUGGGGAAAAUAUUUCACCAUGCCUACACGAUGACACAUUAUUACCAUUAGCAUUUAUUAUUGGCAUGGAUUAUACGUACUUUCCUGAAAAUAAAUCGGCUGGUGUAAGUGAAUAUGUCGAACUUAUUGUUACAAGUCGUUGUAAUAAACAAAAAUUCAAGAUAUUUGCAGGAGAGACUAUUGGUGAAAAAUAA